AUUACACCAUCGUGCUUGCCUGAAAUUCCAAUUAUCUGGAGUUUCCUAAAUCCACUCUCCUCCUCUCAUCCUCAUCCCCAUUUUCGCUGCUUUGUGCGCUUCCCGUAUCGUCGCAUUUUCACGCAUACCUACAGAGUCACUACGCCUCGCCUACACCUACACCUACACCUACACACACACCUACGUUCGCCUCCACUUACCCAACCUCCAACUUCCAAUCGCUCGCUAUCAAAGGCCCUGCACCCCCCAUCCCCACACCCAUACCUACAGCCACAGCCAGCAGACCGACUGUUGUUCUUGCUUGCAGUAUCCACAUCUGCUCACGAACUCCUCAUUUCCUCCGCAUCGCAUUUAUAACUUCUCGACGGUUGCCUCUUUGUCUGAGAACCCUCUUCCUUCCCCUUCCUCCUCGAAAUUUCUCGCCGCGACUCCGAGACCUCCGACCCAUCGAGCAGCCACUGACGCCUACGCCUUUUGGAGCGACCACCUACCUACCUUUGCAACUCAACACCAAACAUCCCCCCCUUCACCGACAGACACCAUGGGAAGCUUCGUUUUUACCUGGUAUGUGGGCGCGUUCGCAUUCUCAACAUCAUCGCCAUCUCGGUCGAUAUUUCGUUGUCGCAAUUUCCCAAGCUUGUUUGUUGUUUUGCGACGGCGGUGCGCUCGUGGCGAUACCGACUUGAUCUUUCGUCGCAGCUCCUCGAAACCUUUUCCUGUGACCCCCACACAUUCCACGGAGCUUCUAGCUGACGAUUCUUUUUUUCCAGGGAACAUCCCGCAUCCGAGGUUUACGUGACGGGAACAUUUGAUGACUGGUCAAAGAGCGAGAAGCUGGCCAGGACGGGUGACAUUUUCCAGAAGGAUGUCAAGCUCAAGAGCGCGGAUGAAAAGAUCUACUACAAGGUGCGUUGGAAUACAUUUAUUGUUCUUGUCCAUCAAUCGACAAACUGCAACAAGUGGGUGUGAAUGCGGAUCUUGGAGACGGUCCACGGCAAAAGUUCCGUCCAAUUCAGUCCGCGAGAAACUCCGUCAAGUGGUGUCGUUUGCUCAGGUUGACUUUCUGGAAAUUUGUAUUGCUCGAGAUUUGUCUCAAGCGCGCUCCAAUUCACUCCUCGAAUUCAAGGCAUCUCACCGAAGGUUCUUGCAUGUGCUAUGGCGUUGAGUUUUCACUGAGGAUGACUUCCCGGGUGUGACGCGUUCCAAAUGCUGCCUUCUGGUUUCCCUGGAGCGGGCGGUGAAGCAUCUCAACUUGGAAAUUAUCAAUUGCUGGGGUCAGGCGCUAAAUUGCGGCGGGCCCAUUGAGUGACGCUUUCCCUGGUUUGCAGGCAGGCUUGGAUCGUCAGCUGUCGCCUAUUUCCAACCCCGCGACAUAAGCCUUGUUGGAUUUUCAAUAAAAGAACCUUAUUCCCGCGAGCUUCGGCUGAAGUCUCUUCCCUUCUUCAAGACUUAACCUUUUCCACGCAUUUUCUAACUCGCUCUAUCUUCUACAGUUUGUUGUGGAUGGAAAUUGGGUUACCGAUCAUACAGCACCUCAAGAAAACGACGCCUCGGGAAACUUGAACAACGUUCUCACCCCCGAUCGAAUUAGCAAGCACAAAUCCGAAACUGCCGGAAUCAUGUCAGGAGUUGCCCCAACCUCUACCACAGCCGAAUUGGCUAAGAAUGUUCCUCUCGAAAACGAAAAGAAGGCACCUCUGGAGCCCUCUGGAUCGUCAGGUCUACCCGGUGCAUUUCCCGAGACGCCAGCAGCUGUAGAGAAGGAUGAGUUUUCUGUCAACCCCCUGCCAGCUGCAGAUGGCGCAGUCAACCCCAUUAAACUUGCCCCAGGAGAGAAGAUCCCAGAUACGGCCUCUUUCAACAAAAAUACUAUCAACUCCGGUGUCCAUGACGAUCCUGAACUUGUAGCAGCAGAUAAGGCAAAGAGUGAAGCCGAGCCUACUUUGAGCGUAUCACCACUACCAGCAUUCGAGGGUGCCGUCAAUCCUAUAAAGGUCGCCCCUGGUGAGAAGCUUCCCGACCCGAGUACCAUUACCGCCAACACCUUGACUUCUGGUGUCCACGACGAUCCAGAAUUAGUCGCUGCAGAUAAAGCAAAGGGUGAGUCUGAGCAAACCUUUAGCGUGUCACCACUGCCUGCGUUUCCUGGAGCCGUAAACCCGGUUAAAGUUGCUCCUGGGGAGAAGCUUCCCGAAGUCAGCACUUUGACUGGAAAUACGACCACGUCAGCUGUUCAUACCGACAAGGAAUCUUAUGAGAAGGGUGAUUCACUUCCCCCAGUGCUUCCCCCGGUCGUCACUCCUCAAAACGAGCGGGAUUCCAAAGGCACCGGCAUUCUCGACCUCCCACCAAUCUCCAAGAAUUUAAUUCCCGAAUCAGGCUUACCAAUUGGAGCCGCAGGUGUUGGAUCAUUUGAUGCCGCCCCAACGAUAAAGUCUGCUGCACCCGGAAGCACAACUGCUCAGCUCGCUGGAAGUGUACCACUCGAAGCGACCAAGGUUCCUGAGAUAGUGAAGGAAAGCCAAGAAAAGGCAGGAGUCCCAGCGGAGGCUAGUGGUGUACCCGAGGAAGUAAAGGAGAAGAGUGCCGUUGAGAAGGAGCUUCUGAGCGAGGUUCCAGUUGCUCCAUCCACCGCUGAGGGCACAAGUGGAAAAGGUACAGAAAAGACUGAGAAGGGACUUACAGGUGAGGCAGCUGCCGCCGUUUCAGGUGCUGCUGUUGCUGUUGGAGGUGCCGCUGCUGGUGGAGCUGCUCUUGUAGCGAGCAAGCUUCCAGAAUCUGUAUCGAGCAAGUUGCCCGAGUCUGUUCAGAAAUCGGCUGGAUCAACAAACCCUACCCAAGACGCACCGCUUGCCAAGGAUACACCUGAAAUUGUAAAGGAGUCUAUUGCUGAAUCUGGAAAGGCACCCGAGGCCGCCAGCAAUGAGGAAGCUGUCUUGGAGAAGAAGGCCGUUGAGCAGGAACUAUUGAAGGAAGUUAAGCCUGAGACUUCGACCGGUAAACCAGCACCCAAGAUUACAUCCAAAGCUAGCCUCCCAGCUCCAGCAGCGCCCCAAAAACCAGUUGAGUCCCGUGACGUAUCUCCUCGAACCGUUCCAGGCACCCACACCCAGACUCAACCAAUCGUCACCACCGGUGUUGAUUCCUCCAAGGCUGCUGAGACCUCAUCAGCAGCACCUGCCACACCUGCAAAGGACGACGCACCUGUCACUCCUGGAUCCCCAGCCAGCGCUACAGCCGAAAAGAAGAAGAAGAACCGUAAUAGUCUUUUUGGAAGAAUCAAGGCCAAGUUCCACAAGGAUGAAAAAUAG